AUGGCGAAGCUCGUCGACCCCGUCGGGAUCGCAAACAGCCCGCCUGUGCUUGCUUCUCUCGGUCUCAUUACACAUCUACUUCUACACCGAGAUGAGUGGGACAACGAUAUGUCCAUCUGGCUUGGAGCGUGGCUGUUCGGAAUCGCUGGAAUCGCUGUGACCGAGUACACUCGAGCAAACUCUAUCGGCAAUGUAGUAAAGGUCACAGCAACUGCAGCAGCAAUCUACUUCGGCGUAUUGGCGGCGAGCAUUCUCGCUCAUCGAGUGCUAUUCCAUCGAUUGCGAAAGUUCCCUGGACCUUUCGUUGCGCGCUUCUCUAAGUUUCACGCCGUCUUUGCUGGUGUGCUUCCCGACUACCAGUACUACAAGUACAGCGAAGCAUUACAGAAGAAAUACCAAGCAGACCUCAUUCGAACGGGCCCCCGCGAGCUUGCUGUGUAUCGCGCCGAUGCCGUUCCACUUAUUCACGGGCCUAUGUCACGGUGCCGGAAGGGCCCCUGGUACAACAAUGCGAAUCACUUAGGUGGCGCAUCCACACAUACCACGCGCGACAAGCAGGACCAUAAGCAGCGACGCAAGGCUUGGGACCACGCUUUCAACGCAAAGGCAUUGCGCGAAUACGAACCCAGACUGAACCGACACGCGCUCGCGCUCAUGACAAAGCUAAAGGAGGAGGCCAAUAACCCCUCUAUUCGAAUUACUAACUGGGUCAACUUCUACAGCUUUGACGUCAUGGGCGACAUCGGGUUCAGUCGCAGUUUUGGUAUGCUAGAGAAAGGUGAAGAAGACCCUAUGAUCAAGCUCCUACACGCCAGCAUGGAACCGUUGUCCGUUUUUGGGCAAUUUCCUUGGGCGCUAAACUUGAUCACCCGUACAUCAUUCGGUGCUAAACCACUCAUUGAGCAUAUCGAGUGGACUGCGAAGGUUUUGAAGGAGAGGACGGCGAUCACGCCAAAGGAAAAUGACGUCGUCAGCUGGCUGCUUGAUCCCAGCAGCUCAAAGGUAACACGUGAGCUUAAUGCUGACUCUCGUCUCCUUAUCGUUGCCGGAAGCGACACCACAGCCGCAACACUGUCUUUCAUCAGCUACGAGCUCUGCAAGCACGCUGGUGUUCAGGCCAAAUUACGCAAAGCAGUUGAUGCUGCCGCCAAUGGCAAGAAUCACCUUGAUGUUGAGGAUGUGCAAAACAUUCCGUACCUAGAUGGUGUCAUUAAUGAAGUUCUUCGUCUCCACCCGGCUGUCCCUUCCGGCGUCCAGCGCGAAACCCCAUCCGAAGGUAUGACGCUCCCCGACGGCACCUAUAUUCCCGGUAACAUCCUCGUCUGGAUGCCUAUUCACUGCCUCCAACGCGAUCCCCGAUACUGGGCUAAGCCCUUGACCUUCAUGCCCGAACGCUGGACCGACGAGCAGCCCGAGGCCAUCAUCGACAAGCGCGCGUUCAUGCCUUUCAGCACUGGUGUGUACAGCUGCGUUGGCCAGAAGCUGGCGAUGAUGCAGUUGAGGAGCGUCACGGCGAAUCUGAUCAGGACGUUUGAUAUAAGCUUUGCGGAGGGUGAGGACGGGAGUGCAGUCGAGAAGCAGAGUAGGGAUUGCUUUACUACGAAUGUGGGCAAGUUGGACGUCAGGCUCGAGCCUAGGUACAAGGCAUGA